UCGAUGCCCAGAAUGAGCAGAGAGUCGGGAUAGCGCGCUGAGGUAAUGCCAGAACCCUGAGCAAAGCCAUGGCAACCACAAAGACUCCCUGGCGUGAGCUGCUGGGCUGCUCCCUCUUCCUCCUUCUGCUCCCAGGAGCAAAUGCUCUGUCAUGCAGCCACCUUGCCGUGGACUCAAAGUUUGUUGUCUUGGGAGCAACAGCCAGUGCUUCUUGCACCAUCUGGAAAAACCACUGCCCCUUUCACAAGGACAAAGAAAUCCAGAUCAUGUGGAAAUUGGACGAAGAGUUCCUUAGGGGGGCCCAGUAUAGCCUCAGCAAUGGGGUGGAAGUUUCCAACAUCACCGUUGGCCCUCUCAAUGAGACCUGGACCACAUUGAGCUGCUUCGUGCAGAGGGAAAGUGGAUCCCCGCAAUUCAUGAAUCAAGUCCAAAUCCAGGCUGGAUAUCCUCCAUCACAGCCCCAAAACCUCACCUGCACCGUGAAUGCUUCCUCUGUGAACCUGACGUGUCACUGGGACCCUGGGCAGGAUACUUUGCUCCCGGUUAUCUUUGCCCUGAAGGGCUUCUGGACCCGGAGGGAGUGUGAAGGUCCACUGGUGCCCAUCCCAGACUGCAGCCCCUCAGCGGGCCAGAACUCCUGCGUCAUUGGCCGCCAGUAUCUCCGGCUCUAUCAAAAGAUGCUUUUCUUGGUGUCGGCGAAGAAUGUCCUGGGAGCCGUGGAAUCGGAACGCUUGUGCGCCGACCCAGCGGAUCUAGUCCAACUGGACCCCCCGAGCCUCCUGGCUGUCCACUCCGUCCCCGAAGAGACCGACUGCGUAUCCGUGGCAUGGCAGGCGGCGAAAGGCGACGUGUACCAGCAGCAGUUGUGUGACCUGCGCUACCGGAGGGAGGGCGACCGGGACUGGGCGUUUGUCCGCAAUAUCUCCAGCCCCACCUGGCAAGUACAGCACUGCGGCUUCCUCUUCAGCACCCCCUACCAGUUCCAAAUGCGCUGCCGGAAAUUGCCCGUCAGCUACUGGAGCGACUGGAGUCCUGCAAAGAACUUCACCACCCACGAGAAAGCACCUUCAGGAAAGCUUCAUACCUGGUGGAAGAUGAAGCCUGGAAAGGCAGAGAGGGAAACAGAGGUGCAGCUGCUGUGGAAGCCUAUGCAAUCGAAUGAGACCCAUGGCAAAAUCCUGGGCUACUGGGCCGCACACAGCAGCAGCCCGCCCAAAGGGAAGCCAGGAGCUCUCUGCAACACCACCGAGCUGCAGUGCACUUUCUCGGUGCCUUCUGGAACACGGAGAAUUUAUCUGGCGGCCUACAACUCCAGAGGUGCAUCGGAUCCCAAUGAAGUCCUCUUGCUGGAGGCGAAAGGUCUGUCUGUGGCUACGAUCCAAGCCUCCCCUCGCAAUGAGAAGAGUAUCUCGAUAUGGUGGGAUCCCCCAAGUGCAGCAGCCACCGGCUAUGUCCUUGAGUGGCACAGGGUGACCUCUGGUGCCUCGCUGGAAGACGACGACGACAUUGCUUGGACAAUGCUGCAGAACGGCAACACCACACAAGCCCAGAUCCAAGAAGACAUCGAGCCUUUCCAGCGGUACAACUUCUCCAUCUACCCUCUCUACAGGGACCAACUGGGGGCGCCCCGGUCUGUGGAAACGUAUACCAGGCAGAAAGCUCCAUCUGAAAGCCCCAAACUUCACCCAGGCAGUGUUGGUAAGGCAGCAGCGGAGCUUCGCUGGGAGCCCAUCCCAGUGGAAAAGCGGAAUGGAUUCAUCACCAACUACACCAUUUUCUGGAUCGGCACCAAUGAAAGCAUGAAAAGUGCUGUAGUGAACUCCUCCGUGAACACCUUCACCAUUACGCAUCUCUGGCCUUCGAGGACGUAUAAUGUGCAUGUAAUGGCCUCCACAGUGGGUGGGAGCACAAACGGAAGCAUCCUGACACUCCACACGAAGGCGAUGGACGACAUGGACAUCCUGUUUGUGUAUCUGCUCAUCGGGCUGCUCUUAGCCAUGAUUAUUGUCCUGGUCAUCUGCUUCCAGAAGAGCAAAAGGAUGAAGACUCAGUUCUGGCCCAGCGUCCCUGACCCAGCCAACAGCAGCCUGGGCAGAUGGGCACCAGCUGUUCUGCAAGAGGAGACCCUCCCAGCUCCAAAGGCCUGUGAGCUCAGCCCCGUCGUGGUUUCUGCCAUCUUAGUCCUUGAAACAGAUGAGAAGAAGAAGUGCCUCUCCUGUGGGAAGAACGAGUCCAUGAAGGCCCUGGAGGACAGGCCAACCGCCUCCUCUGAAUCUUUUGUUCCUGAUGCCGAUGGCGCUGUGCCAGCCAGUGGCCCCACGCCAGCCUCGUACAUGAAUGGCACAGAGUCUGUCCAAUAUGCCAAGGUGCUUGGGGACCGUUACCGCAGCCAGCAAGAAACGUCCCCCACUUUCUACGUGCGCUCCAACUCCACACAGCCGCUGCUGGGUGACAUGACCCCCAGCCCAAAGCCCUAUGAGAACCUGUGGUUCCACAGUGAUCAGCCAGUCACCAAGAGGGGCUGCAGCUUUCAGGAGGAUGCCCUCUUCCUGGACAGGGCUCUGUUGGAUUUCCCGUUGCUGCAGGGCUUAAAAAUUGAUGGGGAUGAAGACCUGAGCCACUUCCGAAGGCUGUAGAACCCUAGUGGAGGGAUGCAACUGGAGCUGCCCUCCAUGGAUUUUUGUGGCUUUGAUUCUCCUCCUCCAUGGAGGAAGCACUACCUGAGCACUCUGGUCAAACACGCUGCCAGCUAUAUUUUCUGUUUUGCUCUCAGGAGUGGGAGGAUGUGGGGGUUGGCAUUCCCAGAGGCAGAAGGAUGCCCUUUCCUCUCCUCCAGCCAAACCCAGAUGAGCGAGGGUUGUCAAAAGCAGCCAGGCCGUUGAUUCAUUGUUUCUUGCAGCACCUUUUCCAACUCAUCCCAGCUGGUGAACUUGUGUUGCUCUGGUCUUGUAUUUAAAUGGACGACACAUAACCCAUCUCAGGCCUCUCAGAGAGAAUGUGGACGGGAACACACACACACACACACACACCUCUGUGGAUCUCUUAGUCACUGGCCUACAGGUCUUUGCUGCUCACAAUGGCUGACUCCGGAACACCACUCUUGCCUCCCGUGUUUUCAUAGCACUCUGCACAUGAGGAUAUGCCUGCAUGUGCAGAAACCUGGUGCUAGGAUUGCAGCAUCAGCAGCCACCAUAAGCAACUGGAGGUGUGCGGAGCCCAGGGAGGGCUCCUAGGCUGGCAGUUCUGGAGGGAAAACCCAAGAAGCAAGCAAACCUCAAGCUGGUAUUGAAUUAGUUUUAUUCUUGCAGAAUAAAGAAAAUGUGUUUGUUUUCAUUCUGCAAAAAUAAACCUAAUUCAGCACUUGCAGUUUUCAUCUUCUGGUGCUAGAAUAACCCACCCUAGAAUUUAAUUGAGCAAGGGGUCUGCAAACUAAAACAACAACACAGAAAAGGAAUUCCAGCAGGGAGAUCCCCUAAAUGGAUGCUCCCCCUCCCCACUCCAAUGGCAGCAGCUGCCUUCAAGGUUUAGCAUUGUUCUGUGUGCCCUGCAACAUUUCUCAGAUGAAAAAGAGAGAGUCUCUUGUGUCUGUAACACUCACACACCAUGCUCGCUUCCUGGCCCUGAUGGCAGGCUGUGCAUUUGGCACAUGCAUAUGCAUUGGCACACACUUGGAUGAGAAGCAAGACACAUCCUUUCCACCCCAGAGAUUUAACACACCGGGGAUAUAUAUUGCACAACAACCUUUUUUUUUCUGAAGACAUCCUCAAAUUCUGUCCAAAAUAUGGGCAAAAUUGGGGUAGUGUUAGGUACCAGAAAACCAGUACUCUUCUGGGUAAAUAGGACCCUUUGGGAGGUAUAGCUCUGUAGCUGCUGCCAGAGGCCCCAAAGAAAACUACAGUUGGAUGACUUCUGAAAGACAUGUGCCUGCAACAGUGUCCUAGUGCCUCAGAGGAAAGGACACAAA